AUGAUUGGCCUCCUCGUCCCCUACAAUUCACUGUCCCUGUUAUCCACGGUAAACGCUAGUAGCAACAAGGCCUCCCCUUUCAUACUCGCCAUCCAGUCAGCCGGCAUCACUGGCCUCCACUUCGUCAUGAACGCCGUAAUCCUAAUUGCCGUCCUCUCCAUCGCCAAUACCUGCGUUUUCGGUUCCUCCCGUCUCCUCGCUUCUCUCGCCGCACAAGGCCAAGCUCCUCAUCCUCUCGCCUACAUUGAUCGAAAGGGUCGCCCUCUAGUUGCCAUUGGUAUCGCUUCUGCUUUUGGUCUCCUGGCUUAUCUAUACGUAUCAUCUGCUGAAAUGCGGCGUUUACUUGGCUGCUGGCUCUCUCGGGACUAUCGUCGCUUUUUACUUGGCGCACUAUCUGUUACUCUCAUAUCCGAUUUCGUAAAGCUUGAGCUCAACAGGGACAUGGUAUCGAUUCUCUCAUUUAUCAAUCUCCAGUGGGGUACAAUUGGUUCAUGGGUCUCAUCAUGA